UUAUUUAUAUUAAUUAUUAUUAAAAACUUAUAUUUAUUUUUGUUGUUUUUCAUAAUCACUAGUCACUGUCACUAUGAAAUAUAUCAAUGGGUGAUUAUAAGUGGUUUAUAAAUUAUUGGACUAUUUAAUAUUUAUAUUUUAUUAAUUCAGUUUGUUAAGUUUGUUUGUAAUUGUAUCUACUGUUUACUGUUAUACUGUUAUACACAUAGUACCUACUUACCUGAAAAUAUUAUAUUACACACUACACACAUAGGUACUAUAAUAGAUUUGAAAUUUCUACUACAUAAUGAUUCAACCAGAUAUCAUCUUUAACUGUGGCUUUAGAACCAUUACAUAUAACUGUGAAUUUAAAAAUAAUAAAGGCGUUAAGUUGUUCGAAAGUGGUCAUGUGCACACAGUAUCUGAAGUACAGCAGCCAAAUGGAUAUGGUACCAUCAACGGUUAUGUUAUUAGGCAGACAUCAGUCACUCUGCCACCUUAUAAAGUUACAUUUGAAAUCCCUUUAGGAAUGUAACUCAUUGUUUUUGCGAAUGUCCUGCUGGAGCUGGGAAUAAGUGUAAGCACAUUGCUGCACUUUUUUAUUAUAUAAAUAAUGAAGAGAGUAAUUCAAAAACAAAUGUAGAACAAGAAUGGGGAAAACCUUCAAAAUCAGGUGAAGCCAAGUACAAAAAAGGCAGAACCAUCGAAUAUCUAUAUCCUAAAAAGAAACAAAAUUAUUCUAAAUCUGAAUGUAAUACAACUAACAGAACUAUUAGUCAUAAGGCACUUGUGAAUGAAUGUAAAAUAUUAGAAAUUCCUUGUAUUCUCAGUAAAAUGAUUGAAAAAGAAAUACAAAGUGAGGCUGAUAUUGAGUGUCAGAGAUGUUUAUUAGAUUUGUUAAACGAGGUGGAAAAGUCAGUAGACAUUGAUUUUUUAAACUUUAUUCUCACCAAACAAAAUGCAUAUGAUAUUGCCUUACCACCAAUGAUAGGUUCUUACUUUCCAUUAAAUUUAAAUGAAAAUAAAUUUUAUAUGAAUAAUAUUGUAGUUGAUUUAAAACAAAUUAUAAACAUAUUUAACGAGACUAAAAUGCAGUCUGAGAGUAGCAAAUGGAAAGAAGUUCGAAAGAAUAGAAUCUCAGCUAGUGUUAAAGCGCAUAAGAUAAAAACUUGCAAAAAUUUAUCGGUUGAAAAUCAAGAAAGGUUAGCUGAGACUUUACUAACAGAAAAAGAAUUGGGUUAUCAGGGAAAAAUUAAUGUGUCUUAUGGUAACAAGUAUGAAAGUGAAGCAAUCAUGUUUUAUAGCAAAAUGUUUAAUAAUAUAAUUAUUCUGAAGUGUGGAGUAAUUGUUCAUUCACAAAGACCAUGGCUUUGUGCAAGUCCUGAUGGUCUUGUUAUUGAAAACAAAGUUCCUAUAAAAAUUUUAGAAGUUAAAUGUCCAAUAUCAUGCCAAAAUAAACCUAUAUUUGAUCUAAAACAAAAAAAAUGUAAUUUGCCUUACUUAGAAUAUAAGAAUAAUAAAUUUUUUUUAAAAACAACACAUCAAUAUUAUACUCAGUGCCAAAUUUUAAUGUAUUGCACUGGUAUAAGUCAUUGUGAUUUAUUGGUGUACAAUAAGAUAGACCCACUAGUGAUUACAAUUGAGAAGAAUAUUUUAUUUUUACAAACCAUUUUAAAAAGACUGGAAUAUUUUUAUUUUCAUUUUUUCUUACCAAGAUGUUUGCUUGAAUAAAGAUUUUAUUAAGUUGUUCGUUGAUUUAUAAAACCUAUUUUACCUGUUGAACAUUUAAUAUUAAAUAAAUAAGAUACACUUGUUGUUGUGUUACAUAGUUAUUA